UCGCCUACAUCAUUUUUUGUGAGAAAUAUUAUAUUAUAUUGAUUUUACAUUAGUUAGUUGGAUGCAUGCAGGCACAAGAUUUGUAUCGUAGCACUGUGUAUAUCAAGUGUCAAGGUUGUUUAGACUCAAACUGGCCGCGGACGCCGUGGGGACGUUAAAAGAUUAAAUGCUCGUAUUCGUACGCUCUUAAAAAUAAUGUUACCCUUUCGAAAAGUAAUUACAAACUACAAGUGCAGUAAAAUACACUUAAUCCAGUAAAGUAAACUUUAAUUGAAUUUAACAAACUGUAAAGUUUAUUCUGAAUUCGGUAUAGUAUAUAUUACACAAAAUUUAGAUUAGGUAUAAUUUUUAGUAUUUAUUAUUUUUUGAGUCAUUACAUACUUUUUUAAGAGUGUAUGUAAAUACUGUUUCCUUUUAUGAAACACCGAAAAUUGUCAUUCCAUUUAAACUGUCCAUACAAAGUACAGCUACCCAACAAUGUCCCCACCAAAUCUGUUGCCCUUGCACCCCAAUAAAAACGUAAACCCGUCUCCCUUGACGUCACAUUCUUAGUCUGCCUUCUCUGCCUUCUUCUCCUGCUGGAGAACCGGUUGCCAACUUAUCCACUAUCCUCAAUAAUAAUCCCAUUCUUCUUGCCUACCUUGUAAAAUGCGUUUAUUGUUACAAGUAUUCACCAAAUAAUAAGGGCCUACACGACCACCAUCUGGCUUUGUUAUAACAUUUUUUGCCCAAUUCUUCACCUUCUUCAAGACAUUAAAAGCCAGUACAGAGUCACCAACCAAGCAAAAAAAAGUUGGCUGGGUUCGCUCUGUUCCUCUUCACCUCAGCAAAUUCUUUGUCUGGAUGUGCAUGUACAGACGAGGGGCCGUGCAUAAAGAACGUGCUCGAUUCUCGCACAAUUUUGGCCCCUUUCGCUACAUAUUUAGCACGCAAUUAUUAUCACGGGAAGGAUGGGAUAUCUUGGUCCUUAAUCUACAAACUUAUCGCAUACUUUUCGUACAGUCGUCAAGAAAAUAAUAUUAUUUUUCAAUUGCAAGGAUGCCAGUCAUUAAGGAGUUCGCCCUGGAGUGAAGUGCAUACCAAGAAGAUGAUGAUGAUGAUUGAUCAUCGUCAACAUUGUCAAGAUAAAGAAUUUUCAUCAUCAGUUUCAACUUGAUGGUGAAAUGGGAAUGGUGCAAAAUUAGUGCGUACGGAUUUUUGCGAAAAAAAUUUUGCAUAAAUAAAGUGUCCCUUUUCGCGAAACGUUUGUGAGGCAGAUUUGUGAAAUCUAUGGCUUUGGAGGUGUCAAAAAUCAAGCUGGAGAAAUAAAUUUACAAGAUUUCGAAGAAAUAUAGUUCAAAUCAGAAAGUCAUCAUCAUGAAGGAGCGGUGUAAAUGGAAAGCUGCAAUUUUGGUCCUUAUCAUGGUCGGACUUUUAAAAGAAUUCCGUCCCUCGGGACCAUUCCUUGUCGAUUAUGCCGUCGACCAUAAAAACUUCACGGGAGAACAGAUGACCCACGAGGUCCUUCCAGCCACGACGGGGUCGUACAUCGUGUCUCUGAUCCUCCUCCUCAUGGUGACGGACGUCCUCUGCUACAAACCCAUCAUCGUGGCGGGUGGGGUGUACAAUACCAUCACGUGGGUCAUCACGAUCUGGGGGUUCCACAGCAUCAAUUUGGCACGGCUCCGCCAAAUUUUCUACGGACUUUCCGUCACUACUACGGAGGUCGCCUAUUUCACCUACAUGUACGCCAACAUAGAGAAAAACGAGUACAAACGGGUCACAUCCUACACCCAUUCGGCCAUCCAUUUUGGCCAGUUUGUUUCCGGAAUGACGGGCCAGCUGCUCAUCUCCUUCAACCUGAUGGACUUUGAGGAGCUCAACUACCUCAGUUUGGGCGGGGGGAUAGGCGCCCUCUUGUUUUCCCUCCUGCUCCCACGCGUCCUGCGCGACGUGGAGGAGGAGAAGGCACUCAAGGCCCAAAUGGGGGACGAAAACGAUGCGGAACAACCCAUGAAACUUAAUGAGAAGGAUGAGAAAGGUGUUGUUCUGGGUCUAAUUGUUGGGCGAACAAAGAUGUGCUGGAUCAAGUGGGGUUGCCUCGUCUUCGGCGUGUCGACCGUCCUCCAGGGCGUCGCGUUGUUCGUCAUGGCAAAAACGCAUGACUUGUACGUCGCCUAUGCAAUGUUCAUCCUGUUUCAGACCAUGUUCCAGGUUUUGGUCAUCAUUGCAAAAUCUCAAGUCGCAGAAUCCAUCCGCGAAAAAAGCGAAGCCUUCAUCUUUGGCAUGAAUACACUCACGGCGUGCAUCAUUCACCUCCUUCUGACCAUGGCGGUCACCUCGCGGCACGGAUUCCACCUCCCAAUUCGCGACCAGUACGUCGUCUACGGCGUGUACGGAAUCCUCCUUGGCGUCGGAUUCGGUUGCUACGACCUUCCGAGUAAGCUCGCCGGCAAAACGAGAAGUUGGAGUGUCGAUGUGCGAAAUAGUUUCGGAAGAGGCGCCAAAGUUGGGGGGAAGGAUGAGAAAAACGUACACGAUGAAGAGAAGGAAAUGGAGACAAUUUCCGCAAGUAUGCCAUACUCCAUUCCGAGAGAGCACUGACAUGAAAUUUGUAGAAAAUAUGUAGAUAUUUGUGAAUAUUUGUAAGUAGUAGAAUAUCUGCAAAGCAUCGUUUUUUUUAAUUGAGCUCAUAAAUACAUACGCACGUAGAUGAGUAAAGAAGCAGUUUAAUAAUUGGGUGUAGAAUUGACUACAAUUUGACUACAAUAUUGUAAAUAAACUGACUGCAAUUUGCAAUAUUGCUAAAUAUUAAACGUACCGGUUUACAGCACACUUUCACAACUGGAUGUCGAAUUACAUAUAGAUUCGCAACAUUACUAAAUAUUGUUACACUACUACUAUACUAUACAAAAUAAAAUACUCUUGAUGUAGUUCGUAAUUUUGUAAUAAUGACAUGUCUAAAAUCUUGCGAAGUCGACCCGUCAGGAUUUGUACAUGAAAUUCAAAUCAAAUCAAUUCCGUUGACUUCGCAGAAAUACAAUAGUGUGUAGUAAAUGGGUGAAUUAUGCCAAUUAGCUACGACUGAGAAUAUUUGUAUUAGCAUUUCUCGUCGCAAAUGUAUAGCCAUUCUUCGUGGAUAUAGCUUCUUAUGGGUUGAAGUAUUUAUGCGAAAUAAACUUCGCUAUGCAAAAUAUA